AUGAGUGGGUGGGUAAACGAAAGCGAAAAUACGUUGACUGAAGAAGGGAAGAAGAGGAAGAAGCAAAAGAUUAAGAUGAUACUACAAAUAAAAAUAAAAGUAAUCGAAUACUAUUUAAGCAUCUUAUUUUAGAAGCAAGUAGUUUUUGGUCAGGGGUGGUGCAAAUUCAGUUCAGAACAGCAGUUUUAAGGUAUAGAUAAACAAGCUAAGCCUAGUAGAACCUAUGACAAAUUAAGAUAUAAAGGGUGUGGCUAAAGCUAAGGCUCAGGCUCAGGCUCAGGCUCAGGCUCAGGCUCAGGCUCAAGCUCAAGCUCAAGCGCAGACUCAUGCUCAGGCUCUGGCUCAGACUCAGACUCAGGCUCAGGCUCAGGCUCAGGCUCAGGCUCAAUCUCAGGCUCAGGCUCAGACUCAGGCUCAGGCUCAGACCAAACUCAUGCUCAAGCUCAAGCUUAGAAUUAGGCUCACGUUCAACCUCGCGCGCCGGCUUUGGGUGAAGCUCAACCUGAGCUCAAACUUAAGAUCAAGUUCAGUCUUAAGCUGA